GUAGGUUGUUUUGCUGCAACAGUGGUUGGUCGUUGUGUUUUGCUGGCGUUGAUGUGGCUGUUCUUGUAACUACUGCUGCUGCUGCUUUUGUUACUACUACAACUACUACCACUAUUACCACCACCACCACUACUACCGCUGCUGCUGUUACUGCUGCUGCUGCUGCUGCUGCUGUUAUUGCCACAACGGCUGCUGUUGUCCCUGUAACCGCAGGAACCGGCGUUCCCACAAUCGCUUCCAUCACCAAACAAAAUAACAACAUCCUACCACUACCACUGUUUCAUCACUGCCACAACCUUCACUAGUACCACUCUCGUCACCAAUGAUUUCGUCGUCGCCAGAGAAUACAAGCAGUGUGUGCGUUACACUUACCACUCCAACACUUACCAUCACAGCGGAAGAAGGAAAGUAUUUUUCGCGCAGGUGAGGGUGAAAACACCUCGAUUGACUCUUGGGAUACCGUUCAAAAGGUGAUCUGCUGCCUCAACAGUAAAGGAAUCAGGACAAAGCUUUGAUUUGCUAUCUUCACCAAUAGCUUUUCUUCUUAAAACGGUAACACCCCCAGAUAUCAAACUGGGUCUCUUAGGGUACAUAGACCAGGUUCAUCCACGAGAGCAAUACCGAGCCAAAGAGAGGAUUUCAACAUAGUCGCCUCCCCGAAACCAUACCCUGCUGUCUCGAAAAUGGAAAGAAACAUAUGUGUCCAGGAAUAUAUUAUGCAUUUUAAAAAAGAAAGGAUGCCCUCUGCUGCCAAGGAAAUGUGUGCAGGAUGCCACCGUCCUAUCGAGGAUCGUUUUCUCCUGAAGGUGAUGGAAAACUCUUGGCAUGAGCAUUGUUUACAGUGUUCAAUGUGCCAUAUACCUCUAUCUGUGUCUUGUUUCUGUCGAGACCGAAAACUAUACUGCAAAGUCGACUAUGACAAGAUUUUCGGGACGAAGUGCAGCAGUUGUAUGCAACCAAUUCCAGCCAACGAAUUAGUGAUGAGAGCCAUAGGCAACGUUUACCAUCUACGGUGUUUUGCAUGCGUAGCGUGCGGUCACCAACUACAAAAAGGAGAUCAGUUUGUAAUUCGAGACGGUCAGUUAUUCUGCCGUAUGGACUUUGAAAAGGAAUAUGGAGUUAUGCCACUAAGUCCGAAAAGUGAUGAUGGGGAAAGUUUUGAUGACGUUGAAGGUGAAACAGCGAAAGGUCCUAAGCGGCCGCGAACUAUUUUAACUACAAGUCAAAGAAGAAAAUUCAAAGCAUCCUUCGAAGUAAAUCCCAAACCAUGUCGAAAAGUAAGAGAAUCCUUGGCAGCGGAAACCGGUCUAAGUGUCAGAGUAGUCCAGGUGUGGUUCCAGAAUCAGCGAGCAAAAGUGAAAAAAUUAGCGCGAAGACAGAAUCAAGAAAACACUUUGGACACGAAAAAAGGUCAACAGAGAUCCCAAAAAAGGAAAAAAGACGAUGAUCAUGAUUCGGACGGUGGAGGCCCAGUGAAUGGUAGUGAAUCAAAUAUGACACGACUACCUCCAUUACCCGACUGCCAACAGUACGAUAGUGCAGAAGACCAACUUUCCUAUUACGAAAAGAAGCCAAUACAUCGAAGUAUGUUUCUACCUCUAUUACGUCACAUUAACUAUUUUUUAAAAAAUAGUUCAGUAUUUGUCUAA